UAUGCGCAAGGUACCUGAUUAUAUAGAAGCAGGUGCGUCACAUUCGUCAGCAGCCUUGGAUUAUAAAGAUAUCGGAUAAAUCCUUCAUAACAUCACUCCCUUUUACCCUUCUCACGGAUUUAAAGAUCACCAGGAAUUACAGAUGGAUACCAUCGUAAUAUCACCAACAUCAUUUUCCGGCGCUUUUGCGUCAGCAGCUUUUCGGCGCUAACUACCUAAGUACUUAUCCACGGAUUUCCGUGGAACGGCUGUUGGUAAUCAUGGUAUUGAAAAUGGUGCUAGAAUAGGCAAUGUAAUGUGCUAUGGUCAAAUGGGAGAUAUGUACAGAUAGUUAUCAUGGCCAAUCAACAGUAUAUUCAUUUUCGCGUAUAUAACCAUGGCCAUCACUCGCCUUGAGUUAUGUAGAAUUAGCUUGACACCAAGGAUCACUAACAGGCUGGAACCAACUUGAAGAGAAGUGGUUGCAAUGUAUUCUUUACAAACCUUACUAGCCGCUGUCUCAUUCAUGGUGUCACUUGUCGAGGCUCAAGCGCCGCUGAACGUUGAGCAGUCGACGGGAUUCAACUCUAGCUUUGCUCUAUCAAGCUCACAGAUAGAGUCUGCAAACCUGUCAUCAACAGCAGUCACUAACAUCAACAUUGCUAUCAACUUCGACCGCUCCCAACUCGCCAACGGUGGUCCUGCCCAGGACAGCUUCUACGAGCUCCCACCACUUUCCGGAACGCCAAUACCUGGUACCCUUCUUAAGGUCCAGGAGUUCACAAAUGCGUCGUCUUUUGUUAUCCCCCCCAACACAGCGCUCUCGCGUAUUCUCUACACAACUUCGAACCUCAACGGAACCGUUGUCCCCGCCUCGGCUUUUAUCCUCUGGCCCUUCACGCCUAAGAAGCUCCAAACAGGGAACGGCAGCGAGUCUACUAAAGCACCUGCCGUACUCUGGACACACGGUACAGAGGGUUUCUUCGCCUCAGCCGGCCCUUCGACACAUAGGGCGCUUUGGUAUGGCAGCGAGGCACCCUUUACCCUGGCCCUUGCAGGUUAUGCCGUGGUGGCGCCCGACUACGCUGGCCUUGGUAUCCACAAGUCCUGGGAUGGUAGCGAGAUCCCCCACCAGUAUCUAAUGUCGCAGACAUCCGGACACGAUGCUCUCUACGCCUUUCAAGCCUCCCUAGAGGCCUUUCCUAAUAUUUUGGACGAACGUUUCGCUGUUAUAGGCCAUAGUCAAGGUGGUGGCGUUGCGUGGGGUGUUGCCGAAGUACUUGCGGCCAAGGGAUAUGAUGAAUUUAAGGGGCUUGUGGAUGGGUAUAUCGGUACAAUCGCCGUGAGUCCCACUACAGACGCGUUCGUCGGUGAAAUCGGUUUCAUAUUACCGUGGAUUGGGAUGAUUCUACCCAGCAUCUUCCCAGACUUCGACCUUAGCACGUGGCUAACUCCGUUGGGCAUCGCGCGAACGAAGCUCUUGCAAGAAGUUGAGGGCGGAAUAGGCGUUUCGACGCAGCUUUUCUUAUCGGGUGAUAAUAUCAUCCAGGAUGGCUACGACAAGACCUGGUACGUUGAUGCGUACGGCAAGCUGGCAAAUGCGGGACGGAAAGCCUUCAAAGGCCCACUUCUUGUUAUCCAUGGCACGGAAGACUAUUAUAUCCCCGAAAAUGCCACGGCUGCAACUGUUCAUGCCACCUGCAAAGCCGUCCCCAGCGGAGAUCUGGAGUACCUGGUUGUUAAUGGAACAUGGCAUGUACCUACUCUUGAUGCCACGAGACAGACCUGGCUGAAGUGGAUUGAAGAUCGGUUUGAGGGCCGGGCACUAGAGAAGACUGGCUGUGUCAAGUCUAAUUUGGAGAGCUUCCUACCCCUAGAGCGUUACCAGGUUACGGGAAAUUCGUUUCCUCAGUUUGCUGGCUUGCCGGAAUUUAGCUACCAAGUGCCCCUAGGACUUUGAGAGGGCAAUGUGAUAGAGCAAAGUACUCUGCCCCUAAAUCAUCCCGAGAUAUCCACCCUGAGAACUAUAUAGAUGCCCACGUCGUUUAUAAAUCAUAGCAUCAUA